UGAGCAAUUUCACUUUCGGGGGCCUGUGCCCUGCCCUAUAGACACAGGUGCUAUGGAUGAAAGCUAGUCCUGGGCGCCCACCCCGAAUCGCUGCAGUGGAGGCCCAAGGUGGCCAGUGGCCGGGGGUAAUCUGGGCAGCCCGGAAGAGGAUGGAGCCAGGUGUCCGGUGCCCCCAGAGCUUGUUGUUGCUGCUGCUGCUGCUGCUGAUGCUCUGGGUUUCAGCCCUCCAGGACGAGGAAGUAUACACCAAAGUGAGCCGGCGGGAGGGAGAGACGCUGACGGUCAGCUGCCCCUACCUGGUUCGGCCCAACCGGCGGGAAGGCAAGGUCUGGUGCAAAGUGAGGAGGAGAAAAUGUGACCCCAACUUCAGCAGGGCCUGGACCACCGGCCCCCGCUACCUGCUCCAGGAUGACCCCCUGGCCGGGCUGAUUACAGUGGCCAUGAAUGGGCUACGCCUUCAGGACUCGGGGAAGUACUGGUGCAUGCGUAAUAGCUCCCACACGCUCUACCCGAUCAAGGGCAUCCAACUGGUGGUGUCUCACGCACCCAGCAAAGAGUCCCGCCCCGAGACAACAGAGUCCUCCCACUGGAAUCUAGUCGCCUCAAUUACAGCCAGAUCCCCUACCACGGUCACAGCCACAGCCAUUGAGCCCCCAGGUGCCCGAUCUUCAACCAUUCUGUCUGGCAGCACUAUCAGAUCGGCUCCUGCUGCUCUCCCCACCACCGCCAAGAUUACCUCUCCCACCAUCAGAUCUCUGACUGUGGCCAGACAUCGCACUAUCAAGACCCUGGCCGUGACCAGGCACCCCACAACCGGAUCUCCAUCCGAGGCCACACCUUCCACCACAAGAUCCUCAGCCUUGGCCAGGUCCUCCCCGACGAGGUCUCUCACCACGGUCCGAUCCACUCCUACCGCCGUGGCCAAGUCUUUCUCCACCGGCCCUCCCUCUGUGACCUGGUCCUUUUCCAUCAGUCUUCCCACCGGGGCCAAAUCCUCUUCCACGAAGUCCCCCACCAUGGCUAGAUCCGCUUCCACCAGGUCUCCGGCUAUGGCCAGGGGUCUCUCCACUAGAUCUUCCACCAUGGCUGUAGUCCUCAUCACUGGAGCGUCAACCAAGGCGAGAGUUCUUCCGGCCACGCCUCCCUCCAAGGCCAGGUGCCCUUCCAGUCUAGGAAUGGAUGAUGUCAUUUCCAGCUUUCGGGAUGCGAGCCUCACUGUGCCGGUGGUGUUGGUGGGGUGCCUCUGGUUCCUGAUGUUGGCAGCUGUGUUUUACGGCUUCUGGAAGAAGAGUCGGAUGAGAACUUACCAUGUGUGAGUCUAGACUGCAGCCUGGAAGGACCCCGCCCGAAGACUCACUGCACAGAGCUCCGUCCAAACGAGCUGCUCCAUCGAGGUAGAGUUCCUGCCCGCUCCAUCACAGGAACAGGCAGAGCCACACGGCGGGCAGACAAGAGAGAGGCUGGGGAGGAGGAAUCCCCGGCGGGAUUCCCAACCCUUGGCUCUGCAGGGCACAGGGAGAUCUGGGGAGGACCACCUAAAGAAAGGCCUAAAGACAGAGCAACCCCGAGGAACACCGUUCCAGCUCAGCUGGUCAGCAGCCGCCACUGAGACCACCAGGGUUCAGCCCACAGCCUCAGGAGAGGGGCGAGAACCCAGACUGAUGUUCAGUGGUGUGGGAACUGGCCAGGCUCGGUUCCCGCUUGGAGAGCUCUCAGGAUCUUCCCAUACAGGUGGCGAGUGAAGCAUUCUCACUGGCACAGGCUGAGGGCCGUGAGACUCCCGACACCAAAAGUGGAAACAGACUGGUUUUCCAGUGGGAAUGCCGCCAGGACUACAACGGCAACAUAUGGUCGAAAUAUAGUAUUGCCAAGAUCACCGUAGAUAUAAACGUCAAUGUCACGAAAGCAUUAAUCCCAACACCAGCAGAGAAAUGAUGGGGUCACCAUGGAAAUAUCAUCAGUGCCUCCCAGGUUGGAUCGGAGAAGCCCGGGCUUGGGAGUCAGAGGUCAUGGGUUCGAAUGCCGACUCCGCCACUUGA